UUACAAGCGCCGUGCUCUACCAGCUGAGCUACAGAGGACCACAAUCAUGUGCUCACGCUUCCUUCUCUCUUGUUCUCCUUUUUUCUCUCUCUCUCUUUCGGCAUGGCGUGUAUUGAGUAAGUCCUAAGCAUCGUAGCUAAUUAUACUGAAUGAUUAGUAUGAAAACUAAGUGCCUGUUCUCUUCUCCAACCCCCAAUCCCUCUCCCUCUCUCUGACUGAGGUGCCUUCCAGUCUAUUUCAGAUGGUCUAGUUAAUUUGGGAAACUAUGAGGGCUGUUUUGCAGACAGAAAGCAUAUCCAAUAAGUCCCCUAUUUUCUCUCUGUCCCUGCAGCCACCUCUAAACGCCCAGAUGCUGGCCCAGAGGCAACGGGAGCUCUAUAGCUUCCAGCACCGCCAGAGGCAGCUCCUGCAGCAGAAGGUCAUGUUGAUGAGGCAGGGCAUGGGGGGCGGGGGGCCUAUGGGGGCCACCAGGGGACAAAAAGGACCCCAGCCACAGCAACAACAGUUUGGCUACCCUCCAAGCUACAGCCCCAUGCCAGGGAACCCACCCAGCUCCCCCAGCCUCUUCAACCCCAUGGGAGGGACCCAGGAUCCUAAGCUGUCGGGCCAGGGCCCUAUGGGCAGCCAGGCAACUAUGAUGGGGGGGAUGCAGGGACAGUUUGGGGGGGCGGUGAACUCGGCGGUGCAGCUUGUGCUCUUCCAGCAGUUUGGAGGACCGGGUGAGUGACUAGGCUACCUGGGUAUCCACCAUAAUCACUGUCUCUAUAACAUCUGAAAUUGUCAUUACAAUGUGCUGUUAAUAUCGAUAUCAAAAUAGCAUAUCAUGUGCUGACAUAGUCAAUAUUAAAAUGUAAUUUACAGUAGUGUGCAGACAGGAUCAAUAUGAAAAUGUUCUAACACUAUCUCUUUGUCCGUCUCCUCAAAGGUAUGGUCCAGCAAGGAGACCCCUCAUUCCCUCCAGAGCUCAGCCCCACCAGUCCCCUGCUGUCCCCUCAGAACUCCACCUCCCAGAGUCCUCUGCUCCAGCAGACCCAGCCUUCUCCUGGGUACCAAACACCUGACAUGAAGAGUUGGCAGCAAGCUGGCAUGGGCAGCAACAGGUGAGGUGGCCAGAGCCAUGCCUGUGUAAAUGUGUAAAUUGCAUAGUCUGUUAUUGACUUGUUAUUUACAUAGAAAUUACACGGUCAGAUGGUUAUUACAUAAUUACUUGUUUGUUUCUUAGAGGAUUCUUUCUAACAAUCACUUGUGUAACAUUAUACCAGAUGUGUUCAAUUAUUUGAAGUGAAGAAGGUACUAAAAUUAAGCAGCUGCUUCUAUAUAAUUUCAUAGUAAUUAUAAUGACCAGAUAUAGCAACUGAAAGAAGAGUGUACAUAAAGCCACUGGUAUCAUGACUGUUCUGUCUGUGUCAGCUUGUUCAGCCAGUCUGGUCAGACGACGCCCCAGGCCUUUGGGCAACAGGGGGUCUACAACAACAUGAGUAUCACCGUGUCAAUGGCAGGAGGCUCAGGGGGGGUGGGCUCGCUACCUUCCAUAGGACCACCUGUUGGCAUGGGCAACAGUAACCUUGGCGACAUCAACUCCAUGUGUAACGAUCAGGUGAGGGUGCCACACCUGAUGUCAGCCGCUUCAACUUAGAAGUCGAGUACAAAAGCAAUAACAGACCAUACAAGCUGCCCUUAACUGACGUGGUGAACCAUUUCACUAAAGCCCUCCUAUCGCUUUCAUUUCCUUCUAUCCUCUUCCCUCAUUCCUUCACUGAUGUCCUCUCUCCCUCUCCUCAUCAGGUACAGCAGGUUCAAGUGUUUGCCGACGUCCAGUGUACGGUGAACCUGGUGGGCAGCGACUCCUACCUGAACCAGUCGGGGUCCAUAGGCCCCCAGAAAGGCCCCCAGGGGCCUCAGAGCAGUCAGUCCCAGCAGAAGAGCCUCCUCCAGCAGCUCCUCACAGAG